CUGAGUUACAGAAGGCGGCUGUGAGUGCAAGUUCAGGGUAGAGAGAGUUGCAAUGUCUGUGUAUCGGAACACUAUCUGGUUUUUAAAAGGAAUUCAUGAAUAUACAAGGGGCGGCUAUGAGGCUGCCUCCAAGCACUUUGUGGAGAAGGAUUUGGAUGUUUCGGUAUCGGGAAAGUCCUUCAUGAUCACUGGAGCCAACAGCGGCAUUGGGAAAGCUGCUGCCUAUAUGAUAGCGAAGAAAGGCGGCACUGUACACCUGGUGUGCCGAAACAAAGAAAGAGCAGAGGACGCUAAAGCAGACAUUAUCAAGGAAAGCGGAAAUAAAGAUAUCCAUGUUCACAUUUUGGAUUUGUCAGAGCCAAGAAAAGUCUGGGAGUUUGCUGAAGCUUUCAAGAAAAAGCACAAAUCGCUGAAUGUCUUGAUCAACAAUGCAGGAUGUAUGGUAAAUCAACGUGAAGUUAAUGCAGAGGGGCUUGAAAUGAACUUUGCAUGCAACACUCUGGGUACCUUCAUUCUCACCAAAAGCCUGAUCCCUUUACUGGAAAAAAGCAGUAAUCCUAGAGUGAUUACGGUCUCCUCAGGAGGGAUGCUUGUUCAGAAGCUGCACUUGGAUGACCUGCAGUCUGAACAAGGCCGAUUCAACGGCACCAUGGUCUACGCACAGAACAAGAGGCAACAAGUAGUGAUGACUGAAGAGUGGGCGAAAGUGCACAGCAAUAUUCAUUUCUCUGUAAUGCAUCCUGGAUGGGCAGACACCCCAGCCGUCCAAUCAGCAAUGCCCGACUUCUACCGCUCCAUGAAGGACAAGCUCCGCACUGCAGACCAGGGAGCCGACACCGUGGUGUGGCUGGCCGUGUCUGAGGCCGCCCUGGCUCACCCCAGCGGCCUGUUUUUUCAAGAUCGGAGCCCUGUGCCCACUCACCUGCCUUUGGCCUGGACGAAGACAUCUCCAGAAGACAAACAGAAAUUCAUUAAUAUACUGGAUGACUUGGCAAAGACCUUUCAGCCUCACUAAAAGUCCAGCUGUGCCUGACAUUGGAUGAAAAGUAUUAACAUGUGACCUGUGCAUUAAAAUGAUGUACCUUCGGUGUGACUAUUAGUUGGCUUUGCCCAUGCUGCUCUGCUGCAGGUGCAGAUCUUAUAAAGAUACUAGAUGACACUCGCCUGACGACUAGAGUUUCAGAGCAGGGAUCUUAGUGAUCCAGAGGCUUUGAAAAGCUCGAGGAGGGGGUGUGUGUUUUUUAGUGCCUUUAAAAGACACUCUUGUUCCCCUACGUAAUAAGUUUUACUGCUGAAGACAAAAUUGAUUCAAACCCACUGUCAGUCUAAUUCCUGCUGUUUUCGAAUUUAGUUGAUUUCCCGUGAUAAUAUGAUUUACUAAGGAAUACAGUGAUUUAACUAAAUCUGAUAUCAAGAACUUAACCUUCACUUACAGCCUGUAAUAAAAUAUUACCAAUGGUCCUGCUUUUCAGUUUGUGGGUCCCUGGGUUACCAACAGUAUUAUGCUUAUGUGUUAUUUGCGUGUAUUGAUAUAAAUAAGGUAACACUGUGCGCUUUAAAAGUGGUAACGUUUGAAACUUAAAGCUUUAAGUUGCUUAAUGUUAUAAAGGUAAAUAAUCUGUAAAAUGCCUUACUGAGAGUUCUCAUUUAACACGCAAACAAAAAUUGUAUUAAAGUAUUCAAAUAAACUGAUUUAAAAAUG